GGGGUAGCUUCGUGAGAUACCGCUACGAUAAUAACUAUCGUCACGCUAACUAGAAUCCUUGCUUAUGUAUUACGCAUGCCAGUGUCUCGGGGUAAUACGCACGCUCAGUAGCACUUCGUUUGGUCAAUAGGCAGUUUAAGAUGGCAGGUCAGGAAGACCCAGUUCAGCGAGAGAUUCAUCAGGACUGGGCGAAUCGGGAGUACAUUGAAGUGAUCACCAGCAGUAUUAAGAAGAUAGCUGAUUUUUUGAAUUCGUUUGACAUGUCCUGUCGAUCUCGCUUAGCAACUUUGAAUGAAAAGUUGACUGCUCUAGAGAGGAGAAUUGAGUAUAUAGAAGCCAGAGUAACCAAAGGAGAAACCCUCACAUAAGUAAUUUCGGUGCAGAAGAGUGGGAGUGAACCUGAUUGAAAUAUUGCAGAAUGGAUACUGAAUAAGCCAGCAAACUUCUUUAAGACUUUAAAAACUCUUUGCAGUGGUUUAAAUGUAAAACUUUUGAGUGGAAGUCGUGGGUGCUAGUUAAUCACCAACCAGCACAUUUCAUUUCUGGUAGUCUGCUCAGAUGUCAUUGAUGAUGAGAUAACUUUGCAGUGGCCUAAAUUUCAUGAAUGUCCAGUUCCACAUGUGGUUUAUUGUUGCUGGCUUUGCAUGGUUUCAUCCAGCAGUAGAUUAACAAAAGCUAUGCAAAGUGAAGAGGAUUGCCUCAUUUGCCUUUGAGAGGAAGUAAUUUCCUACUAGCUGGGAAGUGCUUGGAUGUACAGGAGGAUAUCUGGGCUUUUACACCUGUUUUGAAAAGGGCACUUAAGCAGUGGACCAUUCCCAAGUAUGAUUUUAUGUUAAUGGUCAUCUCUAUAUUGAUUUUCUUUUGCUAAUACGUACAACUUUUUAAAAGGGGUCAAAAUAUGCUUGAACAAAACUAAUCCUAUGACUCCGUCUGUAGAGUCAUGUUAGAUUUUCUUACAUCUGACUUGCAUCUUGCUAAACUUGAAGAUUGUAUGGCUCUUAAGUGUUGAACAUUGUGUUUUCAGAUGGUCUUAUGAAACUGUUGCUUUUCCUUACCUGAUGAAUUUGCAGUAAUAACCAGUUUAGUUGCUGAAGCAUGCACCCUUAUUAAAGUGAAACCAUUGAUUGGUUGAAAUUGUGCCAAGUUUAUCAUAAAGCUGUUAAAACUUUUUUUAUCUUUUAAAAAAUGUAAGUUUUUUUGUUUCAAAAAGCAAAGUUCUGUAAAUGGGUUUCUUCUUCUGACAUUACUAAAGUGUUAGGCAGGUAGUCUUUUUUUGUACUUGAGCAGAGAAGUAAGCAAGCAGAGGCACAGCGCUAUCAACAUCUGUAUUGCAGGUAUAUAAUUUGUGAUUCACAUCAACCCCUCAAAAAAUUGAAACAAGUUGUCAUGACAAGAUUUAAUUUGUAUUUAUGGUAAAAUAGAGAUUUAAAUUGAGUAGUAAAUCACAUAAUACAUCAUAUCCGAGAGAGCAAAGAAUUGCGUUCAUGGCCUCAUUACUGUCUUGAAAACUGAGAUGUCAUCCAUAGGAAAAGAAAACCAGGUUACACAUUUUUGCACACGUAUGUGAAAAUGUAAUGUGCAGUUCUGUGUCUAAAAUAUGCACAAUAAACACUUUUUUUUAAAAGGA